AUGGUAUUUGGAGCGAUACAUUGUCUGGGCUGGAAUUUCUUGUUUCAGAGACACACAGAGCAGAUAUUAUGGCGUGUGGCUUCCAUUGGGAUGGUAUGUUCACCACCACUGGUGCCUCUCUGUAUUUUUCAAGCGAUGUUGGGUACGGUCCGUACGGAGGACAGGUUACUACCAUUGGAAAACGGCAGAUGGAUUUCGGACCCUGCGUUGUUUUUUGGCGUGCUUUUCACGGAGUUUUACGUAUUUGCACGUGUUACAAUAAUUGUACUCAUGUUCCUGAGCUUACGAUCACUUCCUCCUGGCACAUACGAUACAGUCGCUUGGACCCAGUUUAUUCCACAUGUAAAUACGUAG